UACUCGGUAACUAGGCUCACUAAACGUUCCCUCGCCCAGAAACACAUGCUGAAUACGCUAACAUGUCGAAAAAGAAUGAUAGAAAAGACGGAGAGAGGCCACAAAAGAAAAGUAACGUCAGCGCGGCCCCGACGGAGAGGUCUGAAAGGGACGAUGGCUUCUACCGGCUGCAGGUCCGAGCUCUGAAGGGCCAGGUGGAGAGGUAUCAGCAGAAGUGCGAUGAGGCAGAGCUGCAGAAGUCGGACUCCUUGUUGCGCUACUCCCAGCUGGAGCAGGAGAUGAAGGACGUGGUCCAGUACCUGAAGCGCUCCGUGGCCCAGCUGGAGGAGGAGCUGAUGAGAUGCGCAGCGCGACUGGAGUCUGAACAACGCACCUGGGAGGAGCAGAACCGUUCCCUGGAACUCCGGCUCAGUAAGCUCGAAGAGGAGCACCAGGAGAAGAGCGAGAAGCUCUCCUCUGAGAACAUGAUGCUGGCCGGAAAGCUAGCGUCUCUAGAAGAGUUUGGGGAGCAGAAGGAGAGAUUGAUGUCAGAUUUGUCCUCGCUGGAGAAACAAUUAGCCAAUGAGAAGGAGGCGCACAACAACCAACUUUAUGAGCUGCAUAUGGAAGCUGCUCUGGAACGAGCUAGGGGUAAAACCAAGCAUGCAGACCACAUGAAGCAGGCUGCGUUGGAGCUCCAGCUGCAGGCCCGGCGUGACGUCUCCGAGGAGGUGGCUCAGUGUCUGGGGGAGAGGGAGGCACUGCAUGAGGAGCUGGCCCACCUGGCCGAGCAGAACCAGGCCCUGGUCCGGGAGAACCAGACCCUCAGGGAUUCAGAGACCCUCACCCGCAGGAAGGACCAGCUCAUUCAUCCCCUGAUGAGAGACCUCAGCCAUAAGAAUAAGAGCAAUCUCGGGGUGAUAAGGAAGUUGACUGACAAGUGCGAGGAGCUGGGGGUGGAGCUUAAGGAGCAGUCCUCUGUAUGCAAGGGCCUGCAGCAUAUACACACCCGACACACCUUGCUGCUGGCUGAGGCUCAGGCCCUCAGGAAGGAGCAUGAGCUCGUCCUGGAGCGAGGCCGGGAGGACGCAAUAACGGUGAAGCGCUUGGGGGCGGAGCUAGAUGAGGAGCAGAGGAGGCGGGGCCAGACAGAGGUCAUCCUGAGUGAGGCUGCCAUGGCGCUCAGACAGGCACUGACGGAUGAGAGGCCAGGGUUGGAGGAGCAGGAGGAGGAGGUGCAGGCUGUGGUCCGCAGGAACCAGAACAUGCAGAAGCUCCUGGCCGUCCUGGAUAGAGCUGCGCGGCUCGGGGCCAACGGCCGCGGGACCCCAGAGCUGACCUCAGCCCCAACGGCUGGUCAACACCAGACUCACUACAGGCCGGGGGACCUUGGUCUGGUGCCACGGCAGAACCAGACCUCCAGGGAGUUCAAGGAAGACAAGCCAGAAGAGAAGUGGUCCCUCCAGCCCGGCCCGAUGAUUCAAGAACCCUGACCUUUACCCUAUCAGCUACCUGUACUCCCUGACCUUUACCCUACCACCUCCCUGUACCCCCUGACCUUUACCCUACCACCUCCCUGUGGCCCCUCACCCUACCACCUCCCUGAAGCCCCUCACCAUACCACCUCCCUGAAGCCCCUCACCCUACCACCUCCCUGAAGCCCCUCACCCUACCACCUCCCUGUGGCCCCUCACCCUACCACCUCCCUGUGGCCCCUCACCCUAUCAGCUGCCUGUGGCCCCUCACCAUACCAACUCCCUGAAGCCCCUCACCUUACCACCUCCCUGUGACCCCUGACCUUUACCCUACCAGCUCCCUGUGGCCCCUCACCCUACCACCUCCCUGUGGCCCCUCCCCCUACCACCUCCCUGUGGCCCCUCACCCUAUCACCUCCCUGUGGCCCCUCACCCUAUCAGCUGUCUGUGGCCCCUCACCCUACCAACUCCCUGAAGUGCCUCACCCUAUCAGCUGCCUGUGGCCCCUCACCCUACCACCUCCCUGUAGCCCCUAACCCCAUCAGCUGCCUGUAGCCCCUAACCCUAUAAGCUGCCUGUAGCCCCUAACCCUAUCAGCAGCCUGUAGCCCCUAACCCUAUCAGCUGCCUGUAGCCCCUAACCCUAUCAGCUGCCUGUGUCUCCACAGAAUAUUAUUGUCCUCAGUUUCUGUCUGCUGAACCGUCGGUACUCAUUUCUUCGACACAUUGGCAGCCUAGUGUUAUAAUGUUGAACAAUAAAUCCUAAAUAAUAAUGGCAUUAUAAUGAAUGUACAAUCUUAAUUGGUCAGACACCAUAAUCUGAUUAAACAACGUUCCUUAAAUAUUAUUAAUGUCUAUAUAAAGGAGGAUGUAGAUGCAUUUCGGGGAUGUACUUUAGUUCAAUGUGGUUCCCAAUUCAAUGGCAGUUCCCUCACAUUGAUAUCUCUUCACUUAAGACAUUGACAACCUUGACACUAACAUUGACAUCACUCUAGGUCUAAAAUCUAUUAAUAACCAGGAUCCCCACUGGCCAGACACUGAUGAUAUGUAUCUAGAAACUGAUGAUGCUUUUGACUCUGCAAAGAUCGUUGUGAAGAAGAAAAGUUAAUAGUAUGUUUACACUGAAAUAAAAUGCAAUCUUGUUAAUUAAA